AUGAACAAAGAAGCACCGCUCUCAAUUGCUGAGCGCGACUUCAUCCUCAAUGCUCUGCGUGAGGAUGUGAGAUUGGAUGGUCGCCACGCUGACCAGCUUCGUCCUCUGACCGUAACGUUCGGGGAAGAGUACGGGCACGUGAAAGUGCAGCUGGGCAAGACGGGUCUCAUUGUGCGCAUAUCCUCAGAAGUAACAAAACCUCGCGAUGACCGUCCCUUUGAUGGCAUCUUCACAAUUGCCCUAGAGCUUACGGCUAUGGGCUCACCAGCGUGGGACAAUGGACGACAAGGGGAUCUCGAAGCUUACGUCGCACACGUCCUUGACCGGCUUGUGCGCCACUCGAACGCUUUAGAUACCGAGUCAUUGUGCAUCCUCAAGGGAGUCAGUUGCUGGAGCAUCCGCGCUGACGUGCACGUCACCGAUUACGAUGGCAACCUCGUUGACGCUGCGUGUAUUGGAGUGAUGGCUGGACUGCAGCACUUCCGUCGUCCGGAUGCGGUUGUCAAGGACGGACAGGUGAUUGUCUACGGGCUUGACGAGCGGGUACCGGUUCCCUUGAAUAUUACGCACAAACCUCUUUCGGUUACCUUUCACACCUUUGAUGAAGGUAAACGGGUCAUCCUCGAUGCGACUCGGAAAGAAGAGCAAGCCUCCGAAGCGGACGUUGUCUUUGGCAUGAAUAAUGCCGGAGAUGUGUGUUUCGUUUCCAAGUUUUCCGGCUCCCCUGUGGAUGCAUUAGUAUUUGUAUCGAAGUCAUCGGUUGCUCUUGAGAAGGUCAAGGAGAUCAAUGCGAUUAUCGACAAAGCCCUGCAAGCCGAUUCUGCUAAAAGGUCAAAGAACGGAAUGGCGGAAGAAUCAAGGGCGGAGAAUGACCGGUGA